AUGGUUAUUGAGAAUUCCCCUCUACCCUAUUUUGCUCAGAACUACAAGCUUCUUGUCAACAGUAAAAACAACAUAACCUCAUGGUUCCAUUCCUGCGGCAUGUGUAGAAAAUGCUACAUUAUGAACUUCGACAUGAACAAGCAAGCAUUCGAGCUCGAAACGUUUGGGAUGCAUCGCGACUUUGAUCGUUAUUGUUUACAUCCAGAUUCCCUCGCCAUGGGUCUUGUGAUGAAAAGCAACUCCAUCAUGGCGAUCUACAGUAUGGUUGAUUUGGAUUUCUUUAGGGCUAAUUUCCGUCAAUACUAUUAUGAGGUAUGGGGGAUCCUGGACUAUAAGAAGCUCAUUAAUAGAGACUCAUCAUUGUCAUCUUCUUAUGGUAAUUGGAUUAAGUUGUUUAGCUUUGAAGAAUAUUUGAUGCGCCCACUUGUUUCGUCUGAUACGUUCUCUUACCUGACCAGUCUUUCUGGAAUUCGGAAGGAAGGCUACUAUUUUUCCAUGGGGGAGAAUGGAGAACUUAAUCUCUUCAACCCUGAAACCCAACAGCUUAAGCCUCUUCAGGUCGGCCAUGGAGAUAAGGAUUGGCGUAUUUUUGAGAUUUUUGCCUACACUCCAACUACUAUUUCAUUGUCAGGAUUCAAGCGCGAUGGAAUAGGUUUCUCAAACAAGUUUAAUUUCUAA